UUGGAGAUUCUGAUCAAGUUCCAACAGUACUUAACCUCCCUAUGUAUGCUACUAAUGUUUCAAGAGAUCCAUUAUCUAAUAGUGGUAUUAUAUCAUAUGAUUCUAGAGAGCAACAAAUUUUUAAAGAAUUUCUUUUAAGAUUACACAAUAGUAAGUCUACUUUUGAAGAUUGGAAAACACUUACUAUACGUAUCGAAAAAAAAUAUAAUAGAACUGAAUGUGAUCGAUUUUUAAAUGCUAUGUUCAUAUUAUCAAAAUGGUCUAAAGUUGAUGCAGUUAACUUAAAUAAACUUAAAUCUUUAAAGAAUCCUGUUGUCAAAGUUCUUGCUAAACAUACUGGUGAUCAAGAAGCUAAAAAAGCUGAUUCUGAUAUUGCUAAAGGUCUUGAAGCACAACUUUUAUUAGCUAAAGAUGCAUGA